AUGGAGCAGUUCCUGCUAGGCCUUAGGAGGCCGUCUGUCGGGCCAGAGGUUUACGAGGAAGACGUGGAAUUCCAGCUUAUCGAUAUUUUAGAGGUUAAUACCCCUGUGCAGGGCCUCCCAGCCCACAAAGACGGUCAAAGUUGCAAAAAGGCGCUUUUGUCCACGAACUAUGUUCUAUUCGGCAUUACGCGUGAAGGGCAGAGUGUCAGCACUGUAGUAACGGGCUUCAAGCAUUAUCUGUACGUCGGGACCGAUACAUUCCUCAACCUAUCAGAGUUGGAGUUGAAGCUUUCUUCGCACCUGGGCUUUGAUGUCCUUGGGUACACACCGAUAACAUCUAUUGUUCAAAUGCCAAGUACUUAUCGCUCUAUCUAUGUUUUCCGCAUACAGAAGAAGCACAUCUACAAGAUCAGCUUUGCCGACAAAAGCCUUUACUCAGCCAUACGGGGCUUUUUCUUAGACAGUAACAUAUACAAUGGAAGAUACGGGCUUCGAGCGAAUAAGUUUGAGCUUUAUGAGGCCGACCUAGACCCAACCGUCCGUUUCAUGGUCGACACACAGCUUCGAGGAUUUGCAUGGGUCCGCAUUCCAAAAGACGCAUAUAGCCCCUUGCCAUCUGAUGCACCCAAGCCUCUCCAAACUACGAUGCAGAUACAGUUGCAGACAGAGUACUCCAGUCUCGUUGCCUUAGACUAUAAUGACCCCCUUUAUGCUGUUAAUGCCCCGAUCCGGGUGUUAUCCUUCGACAUAGAGAGUGUCUCUCUUCAAGGAGGCUUUCCAGACGCAGCUUCUGAUUACAUAAUUACGAUAUGUUCCUCCUUGUACAUUUUGACACAGUCGACAGCUGACGCGCCGCACGCAAACGUUGCCCUAGUUCUGAAAUCGUGUGCGCCAAUAGUUGGCGCUGAUGUCUUCUGCUUCGAAACAGAGCAAGAACUCCUAUUAGCCUUCAAUUACCUCAUCCAACUCUUUGAUCCGGAUCUUUUCACAGGAUAUAACAUCGAUGGCUUCGAUUUCAGCUACAUCUUCAAGCGCGCGGAGGUUAGCCAGGUGCUGGUGCAGUCGUUGCCAGGGUCUAUGGGAACGGAUCAGCUACUCAGUAGGAUGGUCAGAAAGGGAUCCUCUGCUUAUGCGUCUACACUUCCCAGAGCUUUGUCGUCUCCCAUGACCAUAGCUGUCUCGCACCUCCAAAGCAAACAGCUAGGAAAACGUGACACAUAUGAGAUUGAGUGUCCUGGGCGAAUAUCGAUGGAUAUCUUGCCUAAUAUAAUUCAUGACUACAAGCUUCGGUCGUACACCCUCAACUCUGUUUGCGCACGCUUUCUGAAUGAGCAGAAGGACGAUGUGCACUAUAGCAUGAUUACACCAUUAUUUAUGCAAGAUGAGUACGGCCGUCGCAGAAUCACUCUAUAUUGUAUUAAGGAUUGCAAGCUACCGCUUAAGCUUAUGGAGAAGUUGAUGAUACUGGUGAACACCAUUGAGCUAUGCCGUGUUUCAGGGCUGUGCGGCAGUCUUCUUCUAUACUCUGGGCAACAGAUACGGAUCUUGUCUCUUCUGUAUAGGUUUUCGGCCGCAGAAUCAUAUUUGAUUCCUUAUCGCAUACGUACUGGUGGUGGGUACACUGGUGGAUUUAGCGGUGACUCCGAAAGUCUUGAAGGCGCCACUGUCCUUAAUCCUAAGCGAGGUUUCUAUUCGGACAAGCAGCCUAUUGCAACCUUAGAUUUUAAUAGUCUAUAUCCCACAAUCAUUAUAGCACAUAACUUGUGUUAUAGUACGAUGAUCUCUGACGCUCCAGACAUGGAUUUUCUUGUACAAACCUAUGCUAACUCACAAGGUAAAGAGCUAUCCAGUGAAGCUGCGUCGCUCUAUAAGCAGCAGCUAUCCUCGUUACUUAGAUUAGAAGGCGCUUCUGUUUCCGCUACUAUUGAUGAGACCAAUGAUAGUGACGACUCUGACGACAGCGAUGAUUCCCCGAGACACCUCGCAGCCAAACCCUCGUCUGCACAGAAGGAGACUGCCACCCUCUGUCUCAGUACUAGCAACGAGCUCAUCACAGUUACGCCCAUUAAGGCCCGGUUCUUGAAGAAGACCGUAUUUCCAGGGAUACUCCCCAAGAUUCUGCAGGUUCUCCUAGAUGCACGCAAAAGAGCCAAGCAGGACAUGAAGAAGGCAGUUGAUCCCCUUGCGAAGGACGUUCUAAAUGGAAGACAAUUAGCUCUCAAGCUAAUCGCAAACUCUCUCUAUGGGUUCACUGGCGCAUUGAGCUUUGGGAAACUUCCAUCCCAGGAGAUCUCCUCGUCUAUCACAGCCUUCGGGCGUGAAAUGAUUAACCAUACCAAAAACGUAGUUGAGGAGCGAUUUCACAGAAAGCAGCCAGUUAUUGAAAUAGAUAUUACAGACAGUAUUUACGCGACUGAUGCUUUCGUGAAAAAGUGUCUCUCGUAUUGUGAUGCGUCUGUCGACCAAAUGAGAAUGGCUUCUGAAACAGAACCGAGCCAGGAUGAGAGGUCUGCUUCCCCACCUGCUGGUCUCAUGCCAUUAUCGCUACAACAGAAGCUUCAUCCUGUUUCUUCUCCUCUCUCCCUCAGCCCGCCUCUCUUGGCCCCAGAUGGGCGAAUUUUUUGUCCAAAGCACCACAAUGUAAGCUUCAAUGCAGAGCGAACCAGAAUGUACUAUCGCGUUGUGCACGAUUCAGUCGUUAUAUAUGGUGAUACUGACUCUGUAAUGGUUAAGUUUGGGGUUGACAAUCUAAUGGAAGCAAUGAUGCUCGCUAAGUAUGCAUCGACCUAUGUCACCCAAAGCUUCAUUAGGCCAAUCAAUUUAGAGUUCGAAAAGGUAUAUUGUCCAUAUCUAUUACUAAACAAGAAGCGCUAUGCAGGUCAGUAUUGGACAAAUCCGUUCAAACCAGAUAAAAUUGACUCUAAGGGUCUGGAGCUGGUUCGACGAGAUAACUGCCGGCUGGUGGUAAUAGUAAUGGAAAAGAUCCUGGACGUCCUUUUCAACUACUCCGACCCACAGAAAGCGAUCAGCUAUGUUAAGUCUGUUGUGCACGACCUCAUAUCCCAGCGCAUUGACCUUUCGCUUCUUGUUAUAAGCAAGGCCCUGACCCAGUCAGUUAGCUCUUACACAAACAAGCAGCAAACACACGUGAACCUCGCGAUGAGGAUGAUGGAACGCGAUCCUAUGACUGCACCCAAGGUCGGAGACCGAGUUCCGUAUGUUGUGACCCUCAAAGACAAAGCAUGCAAGCUCUAUGAGCGCUCAGAAGACCCCGCAUAUGCAAUAAGCAAUAACCUGCCUAUCGACACAGACUACUAUUUACACCAACAGCUGGAAAAGCCCGUAUGCAGACUCCUAAAAGAUGUCUUGAAGUGUUCUUCUGAGGCCGAAGCUGCUGAUCAGUUGUUCAAGGGAAAGCACUGCGUGGGUCCCUCCAUUGUAUUUUCGCGCGGAGACGUUGGAUCUUCAAUGGGGAAGCCCGACACUUCAGGUGGAUCAUCAAAGUCUGCUAAAGCAACAAAGAUGCCGAAACAGACCGGUAUAAUGGGCAUGAUAGCUGGUAAGAAAGUUGCCAAAUGCAUGUAUUGUAACGUACGAAUAACCGAUGGAAAGCUAUAUGAAGAUGUAAUGCUCUGCAAACCAUGCCUUCUUGUUAAUAGAUUAUCCCUAUAUAGCCGUCUGCAGAGAGAGCUACUCUUGGCAGAACAUCGAUAUCGCACAGUAGCUGUGGAAUGCAUGUUUUGCACAGGAGAAAUAAGCUCGCACACCGGGGACAUCGAGGACGGACUUAUUCCGUGCUCCAGUAGCGAUUGUGAGCUCUUCUAUGCGAGAAUAAAGACGCGACUAGAUUACAAAGCUUUGCGUGCUAAGUUCGAUGCAUUGUCUAGCUUUACAUGGUCAUGA